UAAACCAUACCUGACGAUAUUGCACAUAAAACCAGCGUCAGCGUUUCCGACGGACGUGCCAUCAGUAAUGUUGGAUUUGCUUAUUUGCUUACUUUACGGAUAAUACGCUACGCUUGAUGUAACGGUGCAUGAGCUAUUAGCAAAAACAAAAUUACCCUCCUUUACAUGGCGCUACAAGUCCAUGGCGUUGGAUCUACUGAGCACCUCUUCUCGCAAAAUUGUAACAUUAGACAACAAUUUCCGAUUGCAAUAAUCUUCUUACGUAUAUCUCAUUACCAUAUCACUGGCCAUCGUUCCGGAUUUCCAUAACGAUAUUGUAAACGUACAAGCCCCUCUCUCUCUCUCUCUCCAAAAACCUCAUUCAUUUUACCAAAUAUGUCAACAUGUUUAUCUCGGUCGGCUGUCUGGAUAUCCGUUUGGGACUUUCAUCAUUUUGGCGGACUUUGUUUUGAUCCACUAUAUCUUCGGGGCAUUACAGCUAAAACCCUCUGUUUGCUUUAUUGGUUCACAGAAUCAUAACGUGAAGAUGUUUGCAGUAGCAGAUUACAGCAUUCUGACCACUGUUGCACAAUUUACAUAAACAAACCAUAUAACCGAGCCCAAGUGCUCGGACGAUGCGAAGAGAUAUUAGACAAGAAAGUAAACAAAUCCGAAGGCGAACAACUCAUUGCGACGAACACGGUAGAGGAAGAAUUCAAACGGCAUGUUGGUGAAAUGUUACUAGGGAACUGCUGGCAAUCCGCACCCAUCAUCAAAACCUUGAUUGCUUGCACCUGCUACACGCGAAGCAUCCGAUCAGUGGCAUCUGAAUUUGUCGAAUUUCCAGAAGUGUCUUCACAGAUACACUGAGAAGAUAGGAGUGACUUCACUCCGCAGCUCAACGCCAUCCUCGGAUGACGCCAAUUCGUUCCGUAAAAUGAAUCGCAUGUGAUAAUCUACUUCCCCGAUUUGCCAUUUGACGCUUGCCGUUACCAGGAAAGUUCCCGGGUUGGCCCGGCCCGUCUGAAAUCAUUUAUAAAUCCUUCCUUGCGUUGACGCGUCAGUACACGGCGAAGGGUUGGAGAUGAUUUUAUAUAUGAAAAGGAGUAGCAGCAGCACACUGAGAUGUUGUGGUGCGAACAAACAGAAAAGUUGCAAGUGUUUGAUGGGAAAAAGUUGUACCGCGUGGCAUCGGAUGUAAUCACUCAACCACCCGUAAACCACACACCUUCCUGCACGCGUUACUGCUAGGGAUUUUUUGUUUUUCGUGCUGGUGUGCAAUUUAUUAUCCGUUGUUCUAGCAGCGAGCAUCAAACAUCGCACAUUCAAGCGUAUGACGGAGUGUGGAUGGGAGAAUGACUUGUCUCCAAGUAGACGAGCGAAUACAGCACAGUCAGAGCGGUGGCUUUCCACACACGCUUAACGCAUUUUUCCGGUGGGUAUGUGCUGUGUGUGUGUGUGUUUUUUUUGUGCUUUCUAUUCCUGUUACUGUGACGGCUAAUAAGCCCCGGAAGAUGGCCAUCUAUUUGAAGACGGGUUGCUCAGCUCAGCUUUGUUGCGAGCACGCACACCUUUUGCAGGUGAUAACCUCCGUCGCUCUCCUCGCUCGCAUCCGCACCAAAACCAGCUCAAGAAGAAGCAAAAUCGUUAUUCUCCUUCAAGUGAAGAAUUGAAACGAUAUUGCUCCCUGGUGGGUUUUAUUCGCAAUUUCCCUGGAGAAGCAGCAAGAGGCGCAAAGUCUUUGCGCGGUUUCACGUUUUCAUAUUUUCAUGUAGGCAGACAUAUUUGUUUGUCGUAAAGGAGCACUUGAGUUUCGUGCAGUGGAAGAACCUAGCGCCGAUACACUGAUUGGUGCGAUCAAAGCUGGUUAGAUGGCAAAGUAGAAAAAACAGAUCAUUGUCAAUGCAUGUUAGGUUUCGGUACUGAACUGAACCUCACGUAAAGGUACGGAUAUUUCCAUUUCGGCAAGCAAUCUACCCAGCAGAAAUGUUCCUAUGUGCUAUUGGAUCAUUCAAUUGUUUCUGAAAGCAAACUGUAACAACAUCAGUUAAAGCUGCUCCAUUGAAUCCCUUUACAUUGCACAGAUUUAGAAUAGUGUCUAUUUUGUAUUCUAUGUUCGCAAUUUUAUUUUAUUAUACGAUUCAAAUACGAUUUAGUACUGCAAUCGUGUGGAUAGUACAGACACUGUACUGUUCGACUAAGGAGAGAUAGAAAAAAGGUGCUACUGGGUUGAAAUGGGACGCUUGAAAAUGUCUUGGUAAUUAUUUUGAAGCGUUCGUAAUAUGGGAAAAGUAAGACAUCAUUACUAGAAUAUGAACACGCACUUUAUUACCUUUUACUCGGUACUAAUGCUAAAACAGAGUGAGAGAGAGAGUAAAAAAGAGAAUUUUUUCUAAGAAAUUAUUACUAGCUUAAUAGAAAUCUGGUGGGAUCUGAACUUUUGCGGCUGACAAGAAAUAUUAUGAAGCAUACAAAAAAGAUAGGAAAACUAAGAAGAUAGCGAGUCAAGGAAAGUCACUGCCAGAACCACAACUCGUUCGCCCACCGCCUGCAAUCUAGUUUUCCAAGGAUUCCAUAAUACCUUAUUAUGCGUAGCUUGUCUUGCGAAUUGCAUACCUGUAGGCGAUAAUAUACAAGCCUUCUACAAUUGCCGACGAGUUUCGUAUAACAGCAGUGAUGCUGCCGAUUCGAUCGGUCGAUGCUCAUGUCUAUGUGUUCUUUCCACGCGCAUAGCAAGGAAUUCUUUUAGUAGCACCGUGUCAGCAGACAUCCAUCCAGCAGCAGUGGUGUCUAGUUCGGCGAUGGGAAGAGUGCCGCAUCGCUGGGGCACAUCGUAGCCUCGUCGCCACCGGUUGCCUCACCAGCGCGGGGGAACCAACAGCCAGCAGUGUAGCAGUGCAGCACCAUCCCCGGCUUCGCGAUGCAUCGCUUGCGCAACACCUUCACCCGGUCCCGGACGCCCACGGGAGCGGAGAUGAAAACCCAAAGCAGUCUUGAAGUGCCAAAGCAGGUACGCUCAGCAUCGUUCGACGAAAUACAACUAGAGGCGCAGCGUUCGUGCCAGCAACGUUCACUAUCCGUCGCGGCAGCAUCAGCAGACGAGCCGUCGAUGGCUGGUGCAGGUACGUCCGGUGUCGGGAGCCUGUUGUUGCAGGUGCCCCAAACAACGCCCGGCCAGCGUUCGCGCAGCUUCGACCUGGCGGGUUCGGCAUCGGAUGAGGGUAGUGCGGUGGCGGCAGCCUUUCUCGAUGUGCCGAAACGAUUCCAGCGCCGCAAGUCCAGCUCGAAGACGCCGCCACCCUGCAUACACUGCCUAUACCUGGAGGAGUACCGACGGCUGAUCGGGGUGGAGCAGCGGCUCUAUUACGAUAGCGAAGAGUACCAGGCGUACGUCGACUACACGUCAAGCUCCUGCUCCUCCGGCGACGAUGAAGACGAUGGUGACGAUGCGGACGCUGACGAGGAUGGUAACAACGAGAGCGAACCUGCAGCUAAUGUCAGCGGUGCGGAGGAAGAGGAGGGGGCCGUGGGCGGUACGGUUGUGAGCGUGAACCGAGUGGCGGCGGUCGGGCUCGCCGGUCCCAGUGGUGAUGCUGGUGGAAGCGUAGAAUCAAGAGGCAACUUCACCGAAGGUUACUACGAUUACAAUUACUACUACGACGAUGACGACGACGACGAUGAUGACGACUAUGGUGAUGAGGUAGAGGCAGACGAUGACAACGAGGACAACAGCGAGACUGAAACCGAACGGCGUAAACGUGGCAAAGAGUGCAAAAAGGAACGAACGUUCGGGCUGGAAGCUCCCGCGUACGAUUACGCUUCGCUCUUCCGGCGCGUAUCACCCCGCCGACGGCCACCGGUCGACGAUGACGGUGCGUGCAGCUCCAACGUCCUUCUAGAGGCGCCGGCCGUUGCAUCGCCCUGUCGCAUAACGCUAACGCUUUCACCGACCAAACCGGACGACGAUGAGCAGUGCGUCGACUAUGACCACAGCAGCACGAUCGAACCAGCACGACUUGGAGAGAUCGCACUGAUGUUGCCCGAUGAAGAUGAUGCUGCUGCUGGCAUCGUACCAGAACCAAGGGUGGUGCUGUCAAACGAAAGCUUACCCAUUGCGGGACCAACGACACUGCAGUCCACAUCCGAUGCCCAGCCAGAACCGGCCGGGGAAGCGGUCGAGCCUUCACCACCGAAUCGUACCCGGCGACGUUCGAUCUCGCGGCAGGAAGCGAUCAUCGUCGAACCGACCGGCAGUUCGCUCGAGAACGUAUCCAACGCGUCCGACAGCCGGCCGGCGUCACCGCCCCGUAACUGCCCGCUGGUACCGGAUAUACAGACCGAACUUACGGACCUGGAACAGGACAAUCAGCUGCCGCAACAGCGGCCGCCACAGCGUGGCCGUGCCGCCUCGAUGGGACCUAUCAUACCGUCGUCGUCGCCACCGCCACCGCUACUACCAACCUAUCCAUCCUACCACCCAUCAGCAACUGCAUCCGUACUGCCGCGACUACCGCUCGAAUCGCCGCCACCGUCCGCCGGUAUCACCGUGCAACCGUCGCAACCGGCCGAUUUCGUGCGUGACAUCUAUCUGCAGGUGCCGGAUCUGAAGCGUGACCGGGCUGCGUCAGUCGAUUCCUGCUUCACCAAGGUGACCGGUGCGAAAACGGAGGAGCUGCAACCACCACCGGACGGUGCCUGCCUCAACCUGUUGGCCGUCCCGAGCAGCGGUGCCGUACGGUCACGCUCGGUCGACAUCGUGCUGCCGACGGAGGAGCAGGCCCGCUACAAAGCACUUGCCCUUGCCGGUCCAUCCGGUGUGGGUAGCGGUACCGGUGCCGGUACAUCCGGUUACGCUUCCAGUUCCGUUGCAACAGGCGGCCAUCUUGCACCAGGCGUUAGAGGUGGUGACCCACACGGACGACAGAUACGUUGUACUCCCGACUGGAGCGAAAAUGCCGUCUCCGGUGAUCAUCUUUGGGUGCCAACGUCCGUUUCCGGCGACUGCUGCUAUGUGGGCGAUAACGAUUGCACGAAGCACGGACCGCGGAUGAAGUGUGCCGCGUGCAAGAUCAUUUCCCAUGCCAGCUGCAUCUCGGUGCUGAUGGAGCGCAGCCAGCUGCAGUGCAAACCAACGUUCCGGGACGUCGGUGUGCGCCAGUACCGCGAGCAGACGAAAACUACCCACCACUGGGUGCAUCGGCGCACCGAGAAGGGCAAGUGCAAGCAGUGCGGUAAGUCCCUACAAGCGAAACUAACGUUCAGCUCGAAAGAAAUUGUCGCAUUGUCCUGCGCUUGGUGCAAAGCUUCGUACCACAACAAGGAGGCGUGCUUCAAUCCGGAGCGUAUUGGUGAAGAGUGUACGCUUGGUGCCCACCGGAGCAUCGUUGUACCACCGUCAUGGAUCGUCAAGCUGCCGCGUAAGGGGAAUUUCAAAUCGUCACUCCGCAAAACGCCCCAGAAAAAGAAAAAGGCAGGCAAGAAGGUGUCGAUACCGCGGGAACCGCGCACAUUUGUGAUCAAACCAAUACCGACAGCGAACAUUACACCGGUGCUUGUCUUCAUCAAUCCGAAAUCGGGUGGUAACCAGGGCGCAAAGUUGCUGCAAAAGUUCCAGUGGCUGCUAAACCCGCGCCAAGUCUUCGAUCUGACGCAGGGUGGACCUCGGAUGGGACUUGAAUUGUUCCGCAAGGUACCACAGCUACGUAUACUUGCCUGCGGUGGUGACGGAACCGUCGGUUGGGUAUUGUCAGUGCUCGAUCAAAUUAAUUUCGUACCACCACCAGCGGUUGGUGUGUUGCCGCUCGGUACCGGCAACGAUCUUGCUCGUGCCCUUGGUUGGGGUGGUGGGUAUACCGAUGAACCGAUCGGAAAGAUUUUGGCAAACAUUGGUAACUCCGACACGGUGUUGCUCGAUCGCUGGAGUCUCAAAGUAGAGCCGAACACAUCGGUUCCAAAUACUGGCGACGGCAAGGAUAAUCUACCGUUGAACGUGGUGAACAACUACUUUUCGCUCGGUGUUGACGCGCAUAUUGCACUCGAAUUCCAUGAAGCACGCGAGGCACAUCCGGAGAAAUUUAACUCGCGUUUGCGAAAUAAGAUGUUCUAUGGGCAGGCCGGUGGUAAGGAUCUACUGAAGCGCAAGUGGAAGGGUUUGGCCGAAUUUGUAACGCUCGAGUGUGACGGCAAGGAUCUGACACCGAAGCUCAAGGAGCACAAGGUGCACGCGAUUGUAUUCCUCAACAUUCCAAGCUACGGUGGUGGUACCCAUCCGUGGAACAAAUCCGGUGGCCAGUUUGAACCGGCUACCGACGAUGGUAUGAUCGAGGUAGUUGGACUGACAACCUAUCAGCUACCAUUGCUACAAGCCGGAGGUCACGGUACCUGCAUUACACAGUGCCGCACAGCACGCAUCGUCACGUCCAAGACAAUACCGAUGCAGGUGGACGGUGAGGCGUGCAAGCUGAACCCGUCCAACAUCGAACUCACACUGCUAAACAAGGCUGUGAUGCUGGCCAAGAAGAAGCCCGGUCGGGCUAAUGUCCCGCAAGAAAAGUUAGAAUCACUCAACAUUAGUCUGAUGAAGAUCAUGAUGGCGGACUACGAGCAGCACCACUAUGACAAGGAACUGCUACGACAAUCAGCGGUAACACUGGGCAGUCUCGAGGUGCCCGUUACGGAUCUGGAGCAGAUGCGCGUGCUCAUCAACAAGUACUGCAGUGAGCAGCUGGACAGUCCCAAACUGUCCCCGGACUGGUGCUUUAUCGACUCCUGCACCGCCGAACGAUUCUUCCGCGUGGACCGUGCACAGGAGAAUCUACACUUCAUUACCGACAUUGCGACCGAUUGUGUAUUUGUGCUGGAUCAGGAAAGUCCGACUUUGCCCCAAACGCCCGAAGAUGAACAUCGGCGGCUCGGCGCACAAGGACCGCUGGUUACGAGCAGCCUCGAGUCGAGCGAUGGUACUGCAUCACCGUUCUCACCGCACGCCGGCAAACUGCUCGAUCGCUCCCUGUCCGGGCCACCGGCCGCCAGUGACAUUCCAUCGCGCAAUAGCUCGCAGGGUUCUCAUGAGGCGGACGGUGCUCAUCCACGUACCCCCUUGGUGCACGAUUCCGUUGGCAAUGGGCAAAGCCUGGACCAGAUGGUCAACUUUAAAAGCUUUCACGAACGUUUGUUCGGUCUCAAUGAGGAUGCUUUCGGAUUCAGUAAUUUGCUGGAAAAAACAACGGAUGCAGUAAUUAAAGCAGCAAAAACAGGCGACUUGGUAAUGCUAAAGGAUCUCCAUCUGCAAGGCUACUCACUUCUCUCCAUCGACUCCACCGGUCAGACGGCCCUCCAUCACGGUGCCCGCUGCGGCCACAAAGACAUCGUACGCUAUCUCAUCUCCUACGCACCAAGCUCCAUCAUCAACAUGAUAGACAACGAAACGGGACAGACGGCGCUACAUAAGGCGGCCGCCGGACGGCAGCGCAGCAUCUGCUACAUGCUUGUCGCCGGUGGUGCCAAUCUCAACAUACAGGACAACGACGGACGUACGGCACGCAUGCUGGCCUCGAACGCGGACGACUUUGAGCUGGCAUUCUAUCUCGAAAAUCAAGAGCAGUUUCAGCUUAUCGACUUUCGAAGCAACAACAUCUAAAGUGAAGACAGCGAAAUAAAAAAAUAUAUGCAAUUCUCCCCCCUAGCGGAAGAGCUUAAGGCGUCGUACAGAAAGCUAGUAGUUGAAUUUCUGUGCGACUUUCAUUCCCUGUUAGUGGGUUUUUAUUGCAUUGCGAGCUAAUCUUCAGCGUCAGUGUGCCAAGCAGCAGCUAGAACAAAAGCGAACAUGAAACAUCACGCCAUUUAGCAAGAUGGCGGAACGUCCCGUGUACGUGGCGUAUCAGCUAGAUCUUAAUGGCCCCAAAAUGAAAGCAGAUCUUUAGAUCUUGCGACCAGGACUAUGUGUAGCUGCACACCAGCAUGUCUUCCCGUACGUCUUUACAAUGUUUAUGGCUGUAGUCCCAUGUGUAGCUUUUUUUUUUUUGCAAAAUCUAAAACACCUCCGAGAAGCGUAAAACCGUGUGUCGAAAGUGCAACUGUUUUGGUAGGCUGUAGGAUCUACCGUGGUAGUAGAAUGAGAGAAGCGAUGAACAGGAAUGAGAUGAAUGUGCAGCAGAAGUGCAGAAUAUCGAUUUAAAAACAAAAUGUAUCUCAACCUAAAUACACAACAAAACCAACAAUGAUAAACGUAUCCUAAUUAUCCGGACAACAUGUACACCAGGCCAGGAGGUGAAAGGAGAGCGCUAAGGUAAACAAAAAAAAACAAAAAAGAAAAACCGCUCUAAUAUUACAAACAACAACAUGUGCACCAGGCGUGGUAUAAAUGAAUCUCGGCUGUAACGCCUGCAUCUAGGCAAUACACAGCUUACUAUUUCACGUAUAUUGCUACUACAACUACUAACUACUGUACUACUAAUACUAUUGCUGCAAACUACACUAGUAUAAUUACAGCAAAAUCGCCAUGUUGCGAACAGUGGUGACAGCUAGAAUUAAAUGUAAAUGUUGUUAGUGCUCACAUUAGACUUUGUGUCGCAUCUCUCUCUCUCACACACACACACAUACCAAUACAAACCCGGUAAUAAAACUAACCACAUAGAAAAGACCACAGGAAGAAAGGAGAAACAACAGCAACAAGAAUGAGAAGAAAACAAAAGCAGGAAAAAGCAGUUCCCGCAAGCGAAAAAGAAUUUAUUAAUUUACUAGAAUCAUUGAAACGUAGUUCGCUGACGGAACGGUUGCCGAGACAAACACCAGUGGCACAAAUUCAAAUUUUCGACUCAACUCUAUGGUGAAUUGAUGUUUUAAACGAAGUUUUUUCACCACAGCUGUGACAUUACCGCGGUGUUAUGGUGAGCGUUCAUGUCAACAAAGCAAAGCGAAAGUGGAAGUGCUUAGCUGUACAGUUUCAUUUAAAAGUGUUGCGGUAAAAUGAGCACUACACCAUCAGCUUGAUCUGGCCGCAGGAAGAGCCCUGAACUACAGGCACAACGAAAAUCCGGCGCGUUUUACGGGCGCACGGCACAACUUCUGAAAGCCUAUGAAAAGCACCAUGGUGAAAAAGGUUAAAAAGGUGAGUCGAAACAGGACUGCUAACCGGCAGCAGUUUCGACUCACCAUGUAUGGAGUUGUCAAAAUUUUCGACCCGCCGAAACUGAGUCGAUAUAUGAGUCGAAAAUUUGAAUUUCAUGCGUUUUGUGCCACUGGUGAAGCUAGAAAAGGCGUGUGUUAUCAGUGUCUAGUUGAUCCAAAAGUUAAAAACAAAAGAAGCAAAACUGGCAUCCCUAAUAUUAGGUUUCGAUAAGCGCAAUGCACACACACACAAGCAUUCUCUUCCAAUUUAUCCUUUUCACCUACCUUUCCAUCAACCACGAAAAAAAACCAACCUCGCAACCAAUACAAACAAACACAAAAAAACAGGAACAAAACGUAGAAUACCACAACAACAAUAGCAAAAAAACAAAAAACAAAACAAUGAAACACACGGACGAUAUAGUAGCGCGAUACCGUAAAGUCACCGGGUACCUGCUUUGUGAAGUAGAACAUGAGAAAAAAAAGCAAAAAGAAAAAAAACGGAUCUAAAUCACUUCUUAGUAUGGAGCGCUAAUUACUGGAUGGAGUAUAGUUUCCAACUGGCACUUCGGAAUGAAUGAAGAUUGACCACCUGUCGGUCCAAAAUGGUCGGUUCCUGUGCAUGUGUGUUUUGUGCGUUUGACCGGGCUUAGAAAUCAGUCUCGAACAGCACCUAACAACUCAAGACUUUGCAAUCGGUCUGGGGCUGCGACCGCGUGACGUCACAAGUAGCAGCAGACAGAACGACAAAAAUGGGAAUGGAACAGGCAGCGAUUGAACUGAGGCAGUAAUUGAGAGCCGCCACGGGACAGGCAAGUAGUGCUGAGGGAUUCUUCUUAGAUGAUGAUAUAUACUUAUACAUGCAUAUUAUACUUAUACAUAUAUGGCCGGGGCAGGCUGCCCUUGGAACAUUAGAUAAUUAUCCCUUGUCGGUAGUUUCUGACGCUAGUCAAAAUCAUAGUUUUUAAACAAAGGCUAAAAAGACCACAUUUUUUGUCACAUAUUAUAUAUAUAUGUAUACAUGAACACGAUGUUACUCAAUGUGUACCAAGCUCAUGUCAACGAACGUAACAUGGAAAUAGUACUGUUUCUGAACUAGACAGAAUGCACAGUGUUGCCCCUUAGGCUAUUGGCACAUCCGGAUGUAGCCGGGUUUAAAAAUGUUGUAAGCUCUACUUCACCAUGUCCCACCAUAUAUUCUCACACACUUACAUUGCUUACACACGUUAACCAACACCAGAUGGAAGAUGAGAUGAAUGCGAUGUGUCUGUACUGUUGUAAAAUCGAAUAGAUUUCGGAAACUUUGCAAACCAAUACCUUUGCGUUUGCUGUACUUCAUUGCAAGAAUUCUGUACAUUGGACGCGUUCAGAAUGAGUCUAGUGCAUGUAGUGCAACACAGUAAGAAGUUCCUUAAAUUAACAGCAGUUCCAUGUAGGAAUUUUUUUUUUUGAUGCUAUUUUGCAAGAAAUUAAGAGUUAAAAUCCCCAAUAAUCGAAUAGAGCGAAAAUGUACGAUUAACGAUUUUUUGCACAUCUUUCACUUUAUCUGCUGAGCUGUACGAUGGGUUGUUGUGUUUUUUUUUAGUUCUUUUCAAACAAGAAUGACUUUCGGUACGACGUUGGCCCAACCGAUGUAGACCUAGGAACUGCGCGUGAUUGUGCAAUGCCGUGCACAUGUGUACAGCGCACACACACACACAGCAACCCACCAAAAAAAAUGAAUUAUUACAUUUCUUUUCCUUACAAACCCUUUACCGUUCGUUCUUAGCCUUCACAAUGUUUACGGAUAAUCUUGAUUUCUUUUUUCACAUCCUUUCGGUAAAAGAAAAAAAAAGAAACAAAAACAACAACAACAACAGCUGUGCCUUUCCUUAGAUACCCGUCCCGUAAACAUUGGCUUAGAUAGGAUGUAGUUUGUUAUUACAAUAUUGUUUUAAUUGAUCAUUUUCGGACGGUCUAGCAGUUCUGUAUACGUUCGAUUCCUGUACGGGCGUACCCACUUACGACCAAGAGUUUUCCAGCAGUGUAUGAUCAAAGUUUACCAUCAACAAUCCUUUACAUUACGUGCCAAAAAGUUUUGUGAUGAUAUUCGGAUUGCCUACAUGCAGGCGGAUGCUACCUUCUAAUGACCAGUGUGCACCGAUGGAGAUUUUGUACUUUUGUUCCAUCAAUGUGUGGGAUGGCAAAGCUUAAGACUAUUAUUCUUACUUUCCAUGAGUUAUUUGGUGUGCUACAGUGACGAAAUGAUUUAGCGAGAAACAACAGAAACAGAGAAAUAUAUAUUUAAAAUAAACCCCACAUAAACCCUUCACGUUUGCCUUAUUCUCCACUGUAACUAUGCAAGGCUGAAGUUAUUAGUUUUGCUUGGUUAGAUUCCUACCGGUCCACUGACAGGUUGCAGAAAGGUUAUCCAGUGAGCGUAUUUGACGGACGUUUCGGGAGGACGGUUGCCGAACGCCUUGCCAUUGGGGUCAUGUCAAUUAUUAUGCUAAGUAAAUUCUGGAAUGGCUGCGUAACGAAUGUAUACUGGGUGUAGGUAGAUAGCGUUGUGAGACAUGUUUCUGUAGCGUUGGGUACAGAACCGAUCGUAAAGAUGUAGUUGAGUGACUGAUGUCGAUCGACUAACGUGCGUGUAUGUAUUUGUCGGAAUGAAAGGACGUGUGUGUGUGUGUGCGUGUGAUUGGAUUUUUUGGUAUUCCUACGCGCAAACGGAAAUUUUCAUCCCAUCUGUGUGUAUGUGUAUGAGUGUGUUGAGUGACGGUGAGUGUCAAUAAUUGGAAGUUGACAACGUUUUUUUUACAUACAUGUGUACAUACACACCUCUGUACUUUAUCUCCCAUGUAACACACUCGUAUACCACCAUUUAUAUUGCCGUGCAAUCGGCUUUCCAAAAAAACCAAACGGAAAACCGAUUCAAUCGAUCACUCAUCAAGGCUGUACUCAAGGCACCAACGCCUGCAUAUACGUGAUGUCUGUACAUGUUGUAUGUGUGUAUGUCUGUGUGUGUGUGUGAAAGAGAGAGAUAGAGAGAAAGAGGUGUGCACAGGUUAGUAGGUGUUGGUGCACAGUUCAGCAACCUGGAUCAACCUACAGAGUGAGACACCAACCAAGCACACCGAAACACGAUCGCAAACGCACGCAAAUGUUACGUGCGCGGACAUCGAGUGUGUUUUUUGCGCUGAUUCCACCAUACCGGAAGCUCGUUGUAACGGCUGCCAUCUUGUGCGCGGUUGCUUUAGUACGCAACCAUUCAUAUAUCCGUUGAGCGGAUGUAUACGCCAGAAGCUCUUAACAUCGUAUGGUAGCGCUUGUACAUACAGAAGCAUCGUACACAUCGUGAGGAUAAAAACAAAACAAGCGAAUGAAUGUUUCAGUGUGUUUAAAUGAUUGGCUGUGUUUUAUGUACAUGCGCUUGCGUGUGUGUGUGUGUGUGUGUGUGUGUGUGUUUGGAGGUGAUCGAUGUAUAGUGUUUCUUCCUGUGCUUCUUACAGUCAUUGUAAUAGAGCCGCUAAAGAUCAAUCCUACAACGAGCAUUUUGUUAUGCGUAUUGCCUACUUUCAGGCGGAAAACUUUUGCAAGCGCAUUCAUUCAAUAUGUGCGCGAUGGAUUUUUUACGCCUUCCGAUUACGAUCCUACUUCUUUUACCAUUUUACAAAUUUGUUACGUGUGUUUAUCUCCUCACCCUUUUGUUAUAAAUUUCUGUUCCUGUAGUUAGUACAGAAAACCCGAAAGAUUAAACAUAUGUGUAAUAAUAGAACGUUAGACGUCCUGAUGUAUUUACCAAACAUCUCGGUUUAUUGAAUGCAGCCAUUCUAGACGUUUGCUUUCUAAGGCCGCCAAAGUUGUCCGUCCGUCUUUCUAUCUUCCUAUCCCGCUGUCUUUCCGGCAAAAAAAAAAAACGUUUACACCUAUCCGAACCACGGUGAUAAGCGUGGGCGUGUGCCGGGAAUGUGGUGAAACAUCAGAAUCUCAUACGCAUUACUACCGUGCACCGUACAUGAAUGUGCGCGUCCGUCUACCUGUACAGUGUUAGCUAAUUCCACCUAGACCGUAAGAUGGUAUUCAGUGUGUUUGUGUAUAGGGCUGCGUGUAGUAUAGAUGGGAAAUAAUUUGAUAGAAAGUCUGUGUGCCCCUGGACUUUUUAUGCAAACGUAUUUUCGGCAAUCAAAAUUAUAACCAAACGCCGGGACCCUGUGUAUAUUAUACAGGUCCAGGUGUGGGGAAAAAAAACAAAAAAUGUAUCAAAAUUCAAAAAGCAAAAUCGAAACACCGCAUUCCCCUAAAAUGAUCGUUCCACACGUUCCUGAACUGACUGUAAACUCAAUCACAAUAAAUUCUAAAUUUUUUAUAAACAAAAUUUAAGCGAACGUGUGAAUAUUGGAUAAAACUGUGAACUAGCAAAUUUAUAUAUAUGGUUUGAGGAUGUAGGCAUGCUAUACAGAAGUGAGUACACUUCCAUUAAACUAAAAAAAAAUCAUUACGAAAUAUGCUCACUGCACCAAAGGAUGCUACACUUCCCGUUUGCUAAGUUUUAGCUUGCUCUCUUACCAAUUGGCUAACACCUCUACCUCCUCCUUCUUCUACGCCUUACUCUUCCUCGACGACGACGUAACAGAACAAUCAUUGGCAUUUAACGAUCUGGCACCGAUUGGCAACUAGCAAAAACAAACAUAAAACCAAGCGGCAUCAUAACGUGCAACUGUACACGUUGCUGCAUUCUCUAUCGAUUCGAGUUCGCGUUAGUAACUUCGCCUUUUAGUUUGUCCAUGCCCUGAACCGCACCAGCCCCCUUUCCCCAAGUCUUGUGGGCCACACACUUAGCAGGAGUAGAGUAGAGUAGCGAGCGGUCGUUGUGUAAACCCGAAAGGAAACUACAAAAGCUGAUACAGGGUUACUAGCAGGUUGCUAGCGAGCGAACACGUUGCGUACAUUUAGGCGCCGACGGUUGUCUAAAUUUUUAAGCGCAAGCCGCUAUGCCGUACAGCGCGCUGGUAUACAACAUUGUUCAGUAUCUCUUAUGCAGACGACGCAGCCUCGGACAUCAAUUUACUUCCCAAGUAGUUUAGUGAAUGUUACUAAGCGUGUUUUUGUCUUUUGCACAUCACACUCCAACCACUCUGACGUUUCUCUCUGUGUGCGUGUGUGUUAGUGCUUGUCCAGUACCUUCUGCCCAAUCGGCGUGCCUUCGCUGUCCUGAGUGUCUUAGAGUGUAUGUAUAGUAUGGCGUUACGCAGCGUUACGGAACGUUACACAAUUAAAAACUCGCUUUAUAUUCCGAGUCAAAAUUUCUCUCUUCAUAUAAUUUCGUUUUCGAUCGCUGUAUUACGUUUCUUAAGCAUAACUUGUACAACCCUCGCUAUAUGGCUUUUAUUUCUUACUCCUUCCUUUGCCAGAUGGCCUAAAACAUAUUUUUUUGAAAAAGUCAAAUAUAAUAAAAACACAUUUUUUGCGCGUGUGCUGUAAUCGAGAUGAGGUAACCGAUAACACCAAAAUUUUUGACAAAAAAAAACAAAAAAAAACAA